GAGUAAUCACGUACGGGAAGCAGGAAGGCGCAGAAUACCACAAACAUCUUUGCACCAAUAGAAAGAUCCCACAGAAGAAAAUGUUCCACUUGACUGGCCAAUCACAUUGAACACGUUGUCUUCAAAGGCAUCACAUCUUUGGGUAAAAUCAGUCUGUCUGUUAACUUUCGGUCAUCAUCACUCAUGGACGGGCUGCACACUUUUCUAGUCGCUCUCUUAGGAGUUGCAUCCUGCAGUCAUGAUUGGAUCUCUGGAUCAGUGACAGUCAGACCAGGAGACAACAUCACUCUCUACUGUGAUUGUAAAUCAUCAACUGGAUUAUACAUAGUGUGGUACAGGAACUGCUCUCAUGAGAACCAGCCUCCUCUCGUCCUUAAAGUAGGCCGUAGUUCAUCCACAUCAGGAUACAAUCCGGCCAGUGACACCAAAGAUCCUCAGAAUUUUCCUCGUUUUCAAUUUGUGAGAAACUCUUCUUCUAAUUCUUAUGACCUGCUGAUCAUGAACAUCACUGAUUCUGAUGAGGGAAUCUACUACUGUGGAACUGAAGAGAAGAAAGUGGAGGAUAAAGAAUUAAUUGGCCGCCAAACUCUUUACAGAAACGGAAACGUCACAACAAGAGUCUUAAUCAGUCCAGACUGCAGCGAUUCUCUGCUCCAGACUCCAGAAUGUCUCUGUCCUCUGUGUUGGACUCUGCUGGUCUCUCUGUGUCCAGCUAUUGCUGUCCUCUCCUCCGUCCUCUCCUCUCUUCUAGUUUAUCAUCUGUGUCAGAAAAAAGCUCCACAACCUGAUCAGCAAACACCUCAAAGAAGACAGCAUGGGGAUGAAGAUGUGUGCUAUGCUGCACUGGAAAUCCAACAGACAUCACGAAGACCAAAGAAGAAAAUCCAGAGUUCUGACUUCAGCACCUAUUCUGCCAUCAAUACUUCGAGGAUGUAGAGU